AUCUAAUGCACACAGGUGCCUUGCUUGCGGACUCCGUUACGGAGGCCGCGGUGAGACAGUGGCGGCCGUGAGAGACGCGCUCGUCACGCAUGACGCGUCAAAGCGCGUGAUCGCGCAAACACGCGCAUACAGACGCGCCGUUUGACAAGGCACGUGCCUUAUCAUCCUUUCCUCCUGCCCUCAUCAUCCCCUCUGUUGUCCAACGGCGUAUGUCGUCCUCCUUGUUUUCCUCUUCCUCACCGCCGCACGCGGUUCCCAUCAAGUUUAGGCGCAAGAGCGUAUCUUCAUCCGAUGUCGAGCCCGACCUCUACGACCUCGGCAGCGUGUGCUCGUCCUCGCCAACACGCGCCGCGUCGCGUCUAUACCCCCACUCCUAUCGCUCAUCCUUUGUCUACCCAUCCUCCUCAUCAUAUACGUCUCCGACCGACUGUUCAUCUUCUUCGUCCUCUCCAGCUGCACCCAGCUCGCCCGUCGAACAGGGCCUUGCUCACAUCCGAUAUCAGUCCAGUCCCAUUCACGCACAUGAGCAACGCUAUGGCUACCAGAUCCGCGCACGCGACAUGCGCGAGGAAGAAGCGAUGUACUCACAUUCAUACGUAAAAUCCGGAUAUGGAUAUGCGGCGAAGACGCCUGCAAGGUCGAGCUAUUUUCGUCUGGGUUAUGGGCACGGACAAUCGCCUCGCUACGCCACGUCUACAUCGUUCUUUUCAUCGUUGAGCGAGGUUUCGGAGCCGGAGGAGCAGUCGUUGACGUCGGACAUAGACGGCGCGUCUGAAUACGAGGAGGAACGUCACAACGCCGACGGUGAGGAUGACGAGCUGUCCUCCGAUCAAAAGCAAGACAUUAGGCACGCUGUCGUUGCCACGCGAAAGACGGAAAGGCAAAGGGCGCGCGGGUGGGGAAGGGAGGGAGAGAGAAGGAGGUGUGGAUGAAUUGCGGUUGAGUGCCUCGUCGACGUCUCGGCGGUCAUCGCCUUUAUCGGCCGUCCGAUCAAAGACGCCGUCUUCGGUGUUGCCUGUGCUACCCCUCUCCCCGACAUCGCUAGCAUCGUCGAGUCCUACGGAUGGCUGUUCGUCGAC